GUCGUGGGUUAAAAAGUGAAACUGAGAACGAGUGUGAAAAGUUUGUAAGCUGUGACAGUCACUGACUGUUGGUCUGAGUAACGAUGGUAUUGUGUAAGUAUUAUCAACAAGGUACUUGCCGCUUUGGAGACCGGUGCCGCUUUGAACAUCCCCCUAGUGACACAGGGUACUAUAACCAAGGCAACUACAAUAGUAACAAUGCUUACAAGUGGUAUGGCAGAGGCUACAGAGGGGGUGAUAAAGGUUCAAAUAGGGGGGUCACGUUUCGAGCCACAUUCUCAUCUAGCAACAGAUUCGAGGCUCUGUCCCAGCAGGAUGGGAAGCAGUCAAGUGGGAAAGCUGCGAACGGACUGCUAAACUUAUCAACCCAGGAUGUUCUGGAGAUGAUUUCUGCAGACAUGGAGAACUGGGAGCCGUCACACACCUGGAUCUUCUCCUGUUACACCUACUAUAAAGACGGAUCUUGUCUGCCAGGUAUGGAUGAUAUCUCCCCAGAAGAAUUACGUUUUGAAGCAUACGAAGCAGAAAAGUCAGGAAACGGCCAACUUUAUGUUCUCAAGGUGAACAAUCUCAUCAACAAAUUUCGUCAGAUACGAACCGAGUUGAGUCGUCCCAGCAUGCAGACCAAACAGAAGCUGAUACAGUUUAUAGAAGACGAUAUGAGCCGACUUGAAAGAGGAUUAGGCGCAGCGUCCAUUCCCACAUCCUCGGCUCUGUCUUGUGGAUCCUCCUUUGGUUCAGGCUUUGGGCAGUCCUCUUCAGGACAGUCGACAGGUCUCUUUGGAAAGCCAGCUCCAACCUCAAAUAACCUGUUUGGCAACAGCCAAUCAACCCCCAUUUUUGGAAAUAACCAAUCAUCAGGAACAGCUUUGGGGAACAUUCAAACAGAAAAUGUGUUUGGAGCAGGCCAAACAACAGGCAGUGUGUUUGGGAACAACCAAUCAGGAAGCUUAUUUGGGAACAAUCAAUCAGAAAGCUUAUUUUGGAACAACCAGUCUGCAGAGAGCAUGUUUGGCAUCAACCAAUCAGGAGGGAGCUUAUUUGGGGGUAACCAGCCAACCGGUGCCUUUGGUAGCAACCAAGGUGGAGGUAGUAUACUGUCCAACACCCAGUCACAAGGGACUAACUUUUUUGGUAACAACGGGCAAAGUGGAUUUCAGCAGACAACAGAUUCAUCGAGCGGUCUUUUUGGUAAGCCAGCUUUCGGAGGAGCUAGCACAGCUGGAUUUGGGCUUGCUGAAGUGCAAGGAAAUGUCUUUGGUAACAACGCUGGAACCUCUGGAGGGGCAUCUGGCACGGCAACGACUGGGUCUAGUGCAUUUGGGCAGCCAGUGUUUGGGGCUGCAGGAGGCGCAUUAUCCACCCAACCCACAGCUUCUGCAUCUUCGACAUCAUCCACAACAGAGUCUUCCACAUAUACACCUCUUAAUGAACUCACACCAGAAGAAAGACAACAGUUUGAGGCGGGACAUUUCACAGCUGGUAGGCUGCCCACUCGACCACCCCCAAAAGAAUUCUGUUAGAACU